GGCAGAGAGGAGGGGAGAUGUUGUGAAAUACACGCCUGCCAUUGGAUCAUCUGCAUGAUUAUUAUGUAUAAGCAGAAGGACACUGUCAUGCAGCAUCUCUAUCAGUGCUGACUCGGCAAAGCUUUUAUUUUGCCAUUUCUGCUUUAUUUUUUUGUCUCCUGUUGUAGAUCGUACAGCGAGGAUGCAGGUAAACACAUGAGCAAGGGCAGAGAGAUACAGUGAGGAAAAUGCAGCAUUCAUCAAGACGUCAUCAUUAUACACUGGACAUAACAGUGAAUGGAGAAUAAUGGAGCUGCAUCAUGUGCUGCUGUCAUUGAAUUCAGUCUAAACUGACUUCAAAUACAGCGGCUCGAAUGGCAGGCACUGAAAUAUGAAGAGAGCUUCGACCAGAUGUCAACACAAUCCCAUGCUGCACUGCUCACAGAAUGGACUCAAACGGUGAUGGCAAAGAAGAAUGGACGGAGGAGCAAUGGGAGAAAUGGCUGACCCAUGACAUAGGCUUGGAUGAAUUUGAAGAUGAGGACCUGUCGGAAAUCACAGAUGAAUUUGAAUUCAGAGCCAGGCACAACAACUCUGACAUCAAGGAUCAUGUGAUUCAAGCACCCAAUAGUGGCUUGGACAAGGUGGAGGCAGGCGCAGUGGGUCAGAUCCAGGCAGAGACACAUCCUUUACAUCUUACUGAUGCUGUCGAUAGGAGCCAAAGAGUGGCUUGUCGAUACGACAGCAAAGCAUCUAUGGAUUCUGCUGUUCCUUUCACCAUGGAUACCUACCGUCCAAAAAGACCGACCACUCUCAACUUAUUCCCACAGGUGCCCCGGACUCAGGACACUUUAAACAACAACUCAUUUGCGAAGAAGUACAGCUGGCAGCAGAAAAUCUCUCAGACCUUGCCACCCCUUAAAACAGGUGAACUGACGCCAUCUCGCGAACACACAUGUCUAAGCGAUGAGGAGAAGCACCAACCGGGCAGCGGUCGGAGUCGGACACAAAUGAAAGACUGUGGCACCUCUACUGACAAGCCCAAACAUUCUCAAGCUCCUGCCCCUUCUGCUGCACUAUCUAUCCCAUGUAAAGCCAGAGAUGUACACAGAGAACUGGGGCACUGCGAGCGGAUCCGUUAUCAUACGGACGUUCGGCUUGAGCCUACAGAGGAGAUCUAUCUGACGCCAAUUCAGCGUUGCACUGAGGCUCUGCAGAAUGAGAAAACGCCAGCGCUUUCCCAGGUGACCUUAGCCAGCUCUGACAAUGAAGCCCCUCCUCCAUACAAUGAACAGGAUCUGCAACCCCCUUCCUAUUUUUCUUGUGUGGAAGCUUUGGCUGCUGACAGUAGCAGUGAAGAAGUAACUGGAGCAGAAGAUCUGUGUUAUAGAGACUGCGGCGCUGGCGAGGCUCAUGCCCAUCACGAGAGCUUGUCAGGAAUGCUGAAAACUUCCAUGAGCAACUCUGACGCAAGUGGACUUUCGUACGAUUCGGUCAAAUACACAUUGGUCGUGGAUGAGCACGAUCAGCUGGAACUUGUCAGUUUAAAAGAUUGUUAUCGUGGCUACAGCGAUGACAGUGAUUCGGCCACCAUCUAUGAUAACUGUGUUACCUCUCCAUACGAGUCUGCUCUUGAGAAAGAGUAUGAGGAGGAUGAGAAUGAAGACAAAGGAAGAAAACAAAGUGGGAUCAAAGCUUCAACGUGUCUGUCAGAGGAUUCUACCCCUGAGGCUGACAUGCCAUUUUCUCGAAAGUUUGUUAAUGUUUUCAUGAAUGGCUGCUCACGCUCCUCCAGUACAGAAUCUUUUGGCUUGUUUUCCUGCAUAAUUAAUGGAGAGGAGAGGGACCAGACACACAAAGCCGUCUACAGAUUUGUCCCUCGUCAUGACGAUGAGCUGGAGCUGGAUGUCAAUGACCCUCUGCUGGUGGAAGUGCAGGAUGAAGAUUAUUGGUAUGAGGGAUACAACAUGAGAACAGGAGCACGAGGGAUCUUUCCUGCCUAUUAUGCCACUGAGGUCUUUAAGGAGCAAGAACUUACUUUAAAUGCAAAAAGUACUGAAUGGAUAGAGAAAUAUACAAUGAAAUUCCUUGGCUCGGUUCAAGUAUUGAAUCAUAAAGGCAAUGACGUUCUAUGUGCAGCUAUGCAAAAGAUUGCGAUGAACAGGAGACUGACUGUACAUUACAAUCCACCGUCAUCCUGCAUCCUGGAGAUAAAUGUGAAGGGACUGAAGCUCACGGUGCAGGAUGAUUUCGACAUGAGUAGCCAAUAUAGUCACUUUUUCCAUUUGAAAAAUGUGUCAUUCUGUGGCUACCAUCCCAGGAACAAGAAGUAUUUUGGCUUUAUUACAAAACACCCCGCUGAUGAGAGAUUCGCCUGCCAUGUCUUUGUGUCUGAGAACUCCACUAAACCCCUUGCAGAGUCUGUGAGGAAAGCAUUCCACUUGUACUAUAAAGAGUUUGUGGAGGUCUCAUGUCCAACAGAAGACAUUUACUUGGAAUAAUCUCUGAUUACAAUGAGCUGCACAGCAAUGUAUAUAACAGCUAUGCUAAAGGAAUAUAUAAGAAAUAAUAAUAUGUGUAUAUAAUCAAAGACUAAUAUAUCUGACAAAGAGGACCAAACAAGAUGAAGAAACUGACGGUUGUAAUGUGAUGGAAUUCGUCAGACUGACGCACAAGAGAAGAACCGAACGAAAAAUUGUAUCGUAUAAAAGGCUGAAAUUAUUUUUCAGGAUAUUGAUGAUUUUGAAUGCUUUGGAUGAGUGUUUCCCAGCUAACAGGGAAUGUUCUCAGAACUUUGGCUAAUGUUCUGGGAAGGUUCUCUCAAAGUUAUGAACAAACGUUCUUCCAAAUGUUCGUUCAAAGUUAUCUGGUCUUUAAUAAUGUUCUCAAAAUGGCAACAUAAAAACAUUAGCUAUACAUAACUCAUGAAACAUUUUUCUGAAACAUUUUAGUUGGACGUUUGGCUAACUUUUUUAAAAAGAAAAAUAAUGUUACUGCUGUUCAGAGAACAUUCAAAAGUAACAUUCGAAGUAAAAUGGAAUGUUCCCUUAACAUUAAAAAAACUGGAUGAUGUUUUGAAUGUUCAAAGAAUAACGCUUUCAUAACUUAAUGGGAACGUUAGCAAAAGGUUCUUAGAACGUGUUUUUGUUAGCUGGGUUGCUCUUGCUGCUGCUGCGCUGUGGUUCUGUUUUUGCUUCAGGCUUAAUAGAAAAUAUUUUUUCAUAGCACAAAACACACAGACCAUACAUUCUGAUAAAAAACAAGUAACAAAUCUGCCAUUUCAGCUGUUUGUGAUGUCUUGAUGUCUGCUGCAUUUUACAGGUAUACCAGCAUAAUUCAUUCUUAAAAUCUGCCUGUAAAGUGAAGUUCAUAAUUGUUCAUGGCAAAAUAGGGCUUCUUAUCCACUUGUUUCCUAGUUAGUCACCAAAUAAAAGGCAUAUCAAUAAACAGUAUAUGGCAAUUUGAUCAUAUUAACAGAAGUCAUUAACAGUUUGAGAAAAUGUUUAAGAGUUUCAGUAUUCUUUUUUGAUCAUCCACUCAUAAAUUCAAUGAAAAUGGUUAACAAAGUAAUAAUAAAAGACUACAGUGCCAUGGAGUUCCUGUUAAAGCUUGAGUGACUAUGAAGGUGAUUGACUUUGGAAGAGAUAUUUUGGCUUGCCUUCAGUUUGAGGUCGACACGUGCCCUUUAUUUGAAACAACUCCUGAUAUAUUUCUUGUAAAAGCAAGACCUUAUUACAUCAAUAUGAACAAAUUAUGUGCUCAUUAAAGGCUUGUUCAACAAGGCA